UAUUCCGCUGCCAGUGCCACCAGGCUGCGCUUUGGCUGCAGGGAGGGAGUGCAUUAAUUAUAAUUAAAGACUUCGCCUCAACUUCGUUUGGAAAGUGGGCAAUUUCAUUUGAAGCAAGGCUGCUUUCGAGCAGGAAAUUUUAAAGGCGCGAGGAGUUCGGCAUACUGUACAAGUCGGACGCCUGACUUUGUGGAGAGGUCCCGUAUCAGUCUUAGGAACGAGAGGCAGAUCGAUGUAGGUCAGGCGCAGGAGUGGAGAAUGCCACCGGGGAGGUGCGGACUCGAUGCGGAGAAAAGUGUUUCCUCACCUGCUCGCUAGUUCGCAUCGGAAGUUCACGGGGACGGGCAGAGCGCCCGAGGGCACCAAGACUGUGGAGAUUAACACCGGAAUCCAGGAGGAUAUCAGCAUGGACAUCCUUUGAUCACUGUUUAAGCUGGGCAAAGCGCGGCUGCGAACCAUGUUGAAGCAGGCGAAGCAAUGGAAGUCGAUGUGCAAGGGGCUCGUACUGGGGACGCUGCUCACCACCUGCAUGAUCUUACUGUACUCCUUUGCGGCGCCGCCCCACCAGUUCAGCCUCCAGGAAGUUCCUGUUCCUUAUUCCUGCUCGUAUAAACCUGCACAAUCCAGGAAUUUACCCCAAAUAAAUAUCUCCUCUUCCACCCAAGAGCUAAGAAAGACCUGCAGUCCCAAGGAAGAUAUCAUGUUUAUGAAGACACAUAAAACUGCCAGUAGCACCAUCCUCAACAUCCUAUUCCGCUUUGGUCAGAAGCACCGGCUGAAGUUUGCCUUCCCCAACGGCAGGAAUGAUUUCUACUACCCGUCCUACUUCGACAGGAGCCAAGUGAAAGAUUACAGACCGGGUACUUGUUUCAAUAUCGUUUGUAAUCACAUGCGGUUUAACAGCGAGGAAGUCCACAAGCUGCUGCCCGAAGACACCGUCUAUUUCACCAUCCUCAGGAACCCCGCUUUUUUAUUUGAAUCGGCCUUUCAUUACUUCGGCCGCGUGAUCCCUUUCACCUGGAAAAUAAGCGGGGAGGACAAGCUAGCCGAAUUCCUCAGGGACCCCAACCGAUACUAUGAUCCAAACGGCUUUAACUCCCACUACUUGAAGAACCUGUUGUUUUUUGACUUUGGUUACGACAACAACUUAGAUUUUGAUGACCCCAGGGUAGAGAAGCAUAUUAAAGCCAUAGACGAAAGAUUCGAGCUGGUAAUGCUUCUUGAACACUUCGACGAGUCCCUCAUCCUUCUGAAGGACGUGAUGUGUUGGGAUAUGGACGACAUUCUGUACUUCAAGUUAAACGUGAGGAAAGAUUCCACCGUGUCAAGAAUGAGCGGAGAGUUGUACGAAAAGGCGACAAGCUGGAACAAGAUCGACUCCAUGUUGUACGAGUACUUCAACGCUACCUUCUGGAGAAAGGUGGAAGAGUAUGGUCUCCAGCGCAUGGAGAGCGAUGUGGAGGCGCUGCGCAAGCGCAAUGACCACAUGCAGUCGAUCUGCAUCGAUGGCGGGCGCCCCGUGGACGCGAACGCCAUACAGGAGGCGUCCCUGCAGCCCUGGCAACCGCUCGGGGAGCGCUCCAUCAUGGGCUACAACCUCAAAAGGAACAUCAGCAGAAAGCACAGGAAGCUUUGCAGGAAGAUGCUCACCCCUGAACUGCAGUAUCUGACCGAGCUAGGAGUCAACUUGUGGAUAACAAAACUGUGGUCCUAUAUCAGAGACCUGUUAAAAUGGUAGCUGGGCGCCUCUGCCAGAAGGAGUCGCAGAGAAUGAUUGCUGCCACAGACCUAUGGGCGUUACAUUGCAGAUUGCCCGUAAUUGUAAGGCAAUCAUUAAAAAUGUAAUAUAUCAAACACAACUGGAUUACAGUCAAUUAAUUUUCAUUAGUAAAAUAGUAAUUAAUUUGGAACUAAAGGUUCCACUGUACUUUGCUCUGUAAAAUAUCACUCCCUAUUUACUGUCCCAGCGAUAUCUUGUGAAUGAUCAAAAAUUAAAUAACUGUGAAUUAAUAAUGUAAUCAGAGGAAUCAGAACUUCAAGCUGUAUGAUAGGAGUGCUUAAAGAUCUCUGGCUAGUGCCUCCAUGUAGACCCAUGAAAGGCAGCAAUGAGCCAUGAACUUGAUUCUUAGCAAAUAACCUAGACUUUAUAUAGUAAAUAUUUAUGAUGAAUUUUCUACUGGCCCUUGAAAUCCAGACUGCGUUUAUAAUUGCAGAUAAGGCAUUGGUGAUUCGAAAAGACUGAAUUCAAAACUGCUUUUCCACGUCUUAUUACCAGUUUUGAAGGCUUUAUGUUAUUUCUAUGUAAGAUCAUAUCAGUGGCAAUUCUAUGUCAUAUGAUUAUAUCUGUGGCAAUUCUAAGUCAGAUGAUCAUAUCAGUGGCAAAUCUAUGUCACUUGAUCAUAUCAGUAGCAAUUCUAAGUCACAGUAGCAUUGCAUUACAGUUAACAACUCAGUGCAUUCUUACAAUAAUGUAAUUUUCCCUUGGUAUGAAGUUCUCAAAAAAAUAACUGAACAGAUCAAGCUCAUGUGCACAGGUCUCUUUUUAAAAUUUGUUUAUUGAUAUAUAUCCCAGGCAAAUGUACAAUAUUUAUUGCAUUAUCUGCAGAAUAAUUCUAAGGUUUCAGUUUGGCUCGAUGGAAACAUUGGGGAUAAAAUGCAACUCAUUGCAAUGGUGAAAUAUAUAUUUCUCUAUUUUCUUUUUUUUUCCAAGGUUUGGAUUAGCUGAGUGGCUAGGAUUGAUGAACUGGCUUAAUAGGUUAGUCAUUCAUUCUAUCCAGUAGACAGUGAUACAAAUUUACACUGUGCGGUAUUAACCUUAUCACUAAUUACUUGCAGCUUAAUUACAUAUAAAUAGUUAGCAACAAAAUGGAAAUUAUUUUCAUUCAUCCUUUUUCCUUAUAAUAAGUUAUCAAUCACUUAUAAAGUGCAUUUGACACAGUAAGCUCUUAUCAGGAACGUAAUCAAAGUUAAGAGUUUAUUAUCUAAAGUUAGCACUGAGAUGAAUGUCCCAGUCAGCAGAAAUCAGCAAGGUAUUCACCAGAAAACCAAUACCCUUGUAACAGCAACACUCACAGCAACACUCACAAUCAUCUAUCAGACCUUCAUGUGGACCAUAAGAUAUUGGAGCCGAAUUAGGCCAUUUGGCCCAUCGAAUCUGCUCCACCUCUCGAUCAUGUCUGAGACCAAGUUGUACAUCUCAAAAGAGGAAACUUGAUUUUGAAGCAUUAAUUUGCCUGUGCACUUGGAACGUGUUUGUAUUUCAAAUCGCGUAGCAGAAGCAGUGUUAUUUUCAUACAACUCAGUAUUUUGUAUUUCUUUCAAAGACUCGGAUGUUGAUUAUAUGUAUAAAAUAAUUCCGGUGGAAAGGAGAACAGAAUUUGUAAAUGAACAUCAUUAGAUUUGAAAGUAGUCUAGAUCGAUCAGUAGUGGCCUUGUCCUUGAAUUAGUUCAAGAACCUGUCCAGAUAUUUAAGAAUGAAAAUGUAGUACAAUCCUCCAAAGCUUCACGAAGGAAGUGCUGCUCCUUUGAAUGGGUCAUUAAACCAAAUCCCUUCCGGUCGGCAUAAAGACUCGCUAGGACAAGCUGAAAGGCCAGAGGAGCUAGGCAAGGUUCAUUUGUCAAUCAACAAGAGAUGGUCAGGCCACUGCGGUUAGCACAACCCUGCUAGUUAAAACCUGCCACAUUCCUUAAAAUGCAGCAGAAGCUACACUUCGGGAGUAGUUUAGCAGGUGUAAGACACUUUGAGCCGUGAGAUAUGAAUGGCUAACAGAAAUGCAAGUUCUUUCCUUGUGCCUUGGUCUUUUAACAGACUCACCAACCAACUGCAGAGCGGAUGUAAAACUGAACGUCACCCAAGUCUUUCAUUAAAGGUAGAGAACACUGACAAGUCUCAGGGUCAGUCUGCGGAGUUUGUUAUCGUCUGGAAGAGGUGGGUGGUGCACAGGGCACCUACUUAUUCAGUGUUUUGUGCUUCCAUUUCUGGGUUUCUGGUUAGAAAUGGUUAGUUACUUUACGAUAGAGAUGUUCCAGUUUAAUUUGAAUGGGCAUCCAUUGAAAUACUGAGGAAUUAAAAUGUUAAAGCAAUUGAAAUAUGGCAGGAUGAAGUAGAACAAGAAUAUUUAUAAAGCAAUUCUUAAACACUUCACAGUAAGACAGACUUAGCUCAUGGUUUGAUACUGAAAAAUGAUAGAAGGCAUAUAUCUGUUAUUAUCAUCAUUAUGUACCAUGUUGUAUGACAUGGGCGACCGUGGUCUUUCCAUGACCGUUCUUGGCAAAUUCUUCUACGGAAGUGGUUGCCAUUACCUUUUUCUGGGCAGUGUCUUUACAAGGUGGGUGGCCCCAGCAAUUAUCAAUACUCUUCAGAGAUUGUCUGCCUGGUGUGAGUGGUCGCAUAACCAGGAAUUGUGAUGUGCACCAGCAGCUCAUACGACCAUCCACCACCCUGCUCCUGUGGCUUCACGUGACCCUGAUCUGAGGGCUAAGCAGGUGCUACACUUUGCCCCAGGGUGACCACCAGACCAGCAGAGGGAAGGAGCAUCUUACACCUCCUUUGGUAGUGACGUACUGUUAUUUAAGUAUAACCCCGCCUACUGUUAUUUGAGUAGAACAAAGUAUCUGUUAUACACUUAAAUAAUCAUAUUGUUCAUCAAGAUAGUACAAUUGUUUUGAAAUAAUAUAAACAAAUGGUGCUAAUUUAUCUCAAAUUAAAAACUUCAGAAUUAUAGAAUACAUUGAAUUCCUCUUCAAUAAAUACACUGAGAAGUACUGCUGUAGUCAUGGUUACAAAACACUUAAAAUAAUAAUAAUAGUAGCUAGGUAUCAGUUAAUUAACAAUGUGUCAGAGAGGAUUAUUGCCCUUUAUAUGAACAAUUCAACAAGUUAUUAAAGUAUGUACAUUGGCUGUGCAUAUUUACUCAAAUGUUUUAAAUACUGACUGUCAAAUUGCAUUGCAAAGGAAUUUAACCAAAGUGAGCUUACAGAAGUGAAUUAAUAAAUCAGCAGGGCCAGGCUACCAUGCCCACAUUCCCGCAGGAUUUAUCAUUGAAAAUUUGACUGUAUUUCAAAUUUUACAAUAGGGCGACACAGUCAGCACAAUGCUUUACAGAAGGGCCCAGCACUGCCUGUAAGGAGUUAGUACGUUUUCCCCGUGGCCUCGUGGGUUUCCUCCGGGUUCUCCGGUUUCCUCCCACAGUCCAAAAACAUUCCGAGAUAUUACCUCUCACAGGUCACAUUAUACCUUUCAUGCAUUGGUUCCAAACCAACAUCGACCACUGUAAUGCUACCAAUUCUAUUUGUCUUCAACAUUUCUUUAAAUUUUAAUUUAUACACAUGACAGUACACCCAGCUAUGUAAUAAACACUAUUUAUGGUGACACAGUUUCAACAUCUGACAGCAGCACAUUAUUUAAUAAAGGAUAAUUAUUACCUACUAUUUGUGAUCAGACUUUUUACUGACACAAAAGGACUUUGCAUUAUGAUCUUGUUACUGUUUCUUUGCUUUUAAGAUGGUUUGAUUUAUAUUUAGCAGAGAAGCUUACUAAGAACCAAGCAGAAAUAAAUACUCUGACUGUUCCUAGUCAGUGCCCAGCACUUUCAUAAAGUGAUUCCUGAUAAUAAUAGGAGGAAUCGUAAUGAGACUUGUAAACAGUAUUAAUGUUUGUCAGCAUUUGCUGUUUAACCACUUGGUAUUUGCUUGUGUAUUUGCAAUGUAAUUUAUUCAAUAAAACAAUA